AUGGCUGGCCACACUUCAACCUCGCGGCGACUCACUCGCUGUCGCACUGGCUGCAUGCGCUGUCGUAUCCGCCGGCGCAAGUGUAAGCCGUCGUCCACUCGAUGCCCGAUGUGCACCGCUGACAGUACCACAGGUGAUGAAGGCAAACCGAGUUGUCGCAAUUGCAUUGACCGGAAUUUCCAAUGUCAAUAUGGCCCUCAGCUCACGUUCCUCACAAAAAACGCACAAUCUGUCCAGCCAUCCGAGGUAGGAAGCUCAUCCGGGACCUAUGGCGCGAUUAGGUUUGUUCCCGAAGAACCCCGGAAAGAUCGCCAUGAAAUACUCCAGGAGCCAGAAGAAGCAUCGCCUUCUGUCGCUGAUCUGGCUCAGCAAUCGAGUCAAGAAGUUUCUGGGCCAAGUGCAAACAAUCCUGAUGAUGUAGAUGACGGCACCGUAUUGCCUAUGUGGUCUCCGGAUGAGCGCCUGUCUCAAGCACUGGAUGCUCCUCUUCCAGCAACAACCUUCAGCGAUAAGGAUGAGUCCGCCGUCGCUGGUUUGUUGGCGCUGGGAACAAGCAUGAACGAAUCGAUGGGCACAGACUUGAAUCUGCCAGAUUGGGCAAUCUCACCACCAUCCAGACCAGCUCCUUAUGCCCCCGAAACUCCACAGAGCUAUUCAAAUAGUCACCGCACUCCUAUUUCACAAUCUCUCUCUCAACCCAUACCCCUUCCUUGCCAGGACUCGGCAACGGGAAUACAGGAGUUGCUCCGGCACUAUCGCUAUGAGGUCGCUCCAUGGUUAGAUAUCUGUGACCUCGGUCACUCAUUUGGAAUUCACGGUCUGCAGUUGGCAAUGGCGUCGCAGCGCUGUUGGGUGUCGAUUCUCGAGUUAGCCGAAACAUCUUUCAACCAACUACAUCCGCGCACACCGCACCCAGGGAUAACAAAGGAAUAUGCUUACCAAGAACAUCUUGAUUUGCAACAAGGAGUCACCGCCGUUGCGUUACUGCAUGCUCUGGACGAGGUAAAGACUUGUAUAUCGAACGUCCCGAGAGCGUGGUCGCCGGAAAGGCAGCCCAACAGAGAACUUCUGAAUGUUCUUGGUGCUCAUGUUGCCGGUAGAGAUCUAAAUUCCGGUAUUUAUUCCUUGUUUGUUCGACUAGACCUCGGAGCUGCGCUGGUCAGCGAUACGAAUAUGAACGUGCCUCUGCCCCUAUCCCUGCUGCAUUCAAGGGGAGUCAAUCUGGCUGAUGAUCCAUUCGGGACAACAUUUUACUACGCGCAACGCCCUCUCUGGUUCUGCGCACGAGCGUUGCAAUUCAUCCACACGGAAGACGGGUUACCAGAAUGCCCUCCUCUUAAAACAUGGAUACAGCUCGUAGAUGAGCUAGAUCACUGGUAUCGAGAUCGUCCACCGGGAUUUCAACCAAUGUUAGAGUUGGAAGCGGGCGAUCAUCUGGGCGGCCCGGAACAGAGCUUCCCGGUUGUUCUCUUCGCCAAUGGAGCGGGCGUGUUUGGCAACCAGCUUUACCAUACUGCCAUGCUUCUUCUCUUGCACAGCCGACCACGCACUGCGCGGUUAUCAGACUUCCAAACAGCCGCCAUGUCUCCACUAUGGCACGCCCAGCGGAUCUGCGGAAUCGCACUCCAUAAUGACCGGCGUGAGUGCUGGGACCCAUGCCUCCUGGCGUCAUUUAUCACAGCAGCGCGUCGGAUGACACAUGAAUUCCAACAGGUUGAGAUUCUUCGCGGAUUUCAACGUAUCCUCACAGUUACGGGAUGGGAUGCUCGCGAAUGUCUGGAGAGCUUGCGGUCAGAGUGGUGUCUCCAUGACGAGACAUAG